AUGCAGAGCAUCUCCAUCUGGCUGGGAACACUGCUCGGGACAGUAAAAAGGCCGGAACACCCCCCCACCACACACCCCCACCUGCAGCUUGCCAUCCAUGGUGAUGCGGGCCUGGGCAGGCUGCUGCAGAAAGUCAGUUCUGCCCGGUACCUGGCUGUGCUCCUGUCCGAGAAGACUGAGACCCACCAAUCCACUCAAGAGGCCUUUAGAAUAGAAUAUGAUACAUUUGGUGAACUGAAGGUCCCAAGUGACAAAUAUUACGGUGCCCAGACCGUGAGAUCUACAAUGAACUUCAAGAUUGGAGGUGUUUCAGAAAGAAUGCCAGUUCAAGUUAUAAGGGCUUUUGGCAUCUUGAAGAGAGCAGCUGCUGAAGUAAAUCAAGAUUAUGGUCUUGACCCAAAGAUUGCUAAUGCUAUUGUAAAGGCGGCAAAUGAGGUAGCGGAAGGAAAAUUAAAUGAUCACUUUCCUUUGGUGGUGUGGCAGACUGGUUCUGGAACUCAAACCAAUAUGAAUGUCAAUGAAGUCAUCAGCAAUAGAGCCAUUGAGAUAAUGGGGGGCAAACUGGGGAGCAAAACCCCAGUACAUCCAAAUGAUCAUGUUAACAAAAGCCAGAGUUCAAAUGAUACUUUCCCAACAGCAAUGCAUAUUGCUGCUGCCCAGGAGGUUAAUGAGGUAUUGUUACCUGGACUAAAGAAGCUACAGAAUGCACUUGAAGCAAAAUCCAAAGAGUUUUCCCAAAUCAUAAAAAUAGGGCGCACUCAUACACAAGAUGCUGUUCCUCUUACGCUUGGACAGGAAUUUAGUGGCUAUGUGCAACAAAUUAAAUACGGUGUGGCUAGGAUUGAGUCAACCAUGCCAAGAGUGUAUCAGCUGGCAGCUGGCGGGACUGCAGUUGGUACAGGAUUAAACACAAGAAUUGGUUUUGCUGAGAAAGUUGCUGCUAAAGUGGCUGAACUGACAGGUUUGCCUUUUGUCACUGCUCCAAAUAAGUUUGAAGCUCUUGCAGCUCAUGAUGCUCUAGUGGAACUCAGUGGAGCUAUGAACACAGUGGCAUGUAGUCUGAUGAAAAUAGCUAAUGAUAUCCGUUUCCUGGGUUCUGGACCACGCUCUGGACUAGGAGAACUCAUCCUGCCUGAAAAUGAACCAGGAAGCAGCAUCAUGCCAGGAAAAGUGAACCCUACCCAGUGUGAGGCUGUAACCAUGGUGGCAGCCCAAGUUAUGGGAAAUCAUGUUGCUGUCACUGUAGGAGGUAGCAAUGGACACUUUGAACUGAAUGUUUUUAAGCCCAUGAUGAUUAAAAAUGUUUUAAACUCUGCAAGACUUCUUGGAGAUGUUUGUAGUUCUUUCACUGACAACUGUGUAGUUGGAAUUCAGGCCAAUAUGGACAGGAUCAACAAACUAAUGAGUGAAUCUUUGAUGUUGGUAACAGCACUGAACCCACAUAUCGGAUACGAUAAAGCAGCCAAGAUUGCCAAAACUGCACACAAAGAAGGGACGACAUUAAAAGAAGCUGCUAUAAAGCUGGGCUUCCUGACGUCAGAGCAGUUUGAUCAGUGGGUGAAGCCUAAAGAUAUGUUAGGUCCUCAGUAACUUCUGUACAAAACCAAAGUGUUCUUAACAUAAAAAAUAAAUAAAACGGAUACGGUACGCUUUUGUUU